AUGAAUAGUACAUUGCAUUCAUCAGUACCAAUGUCAGCAGACGUUGCCGUUUUACCUCAAAUUAAUAAUCAUACCAAUCAUAAGCACGCCGAAUCACCAAAUAAAUCUCUUAAACGUAGUCGAUCACCAAGUUUAACAGGAGAUGAUAAUGAAGACACCAACCAUUCCUCGACAGUCACGGAUACUCCGACAAAGAAAAGUCGAAAAAAACGAACAACAACCGAUGUUGAUGAAAGUUUAGGACAACAUUUAUCCGCUGAUAAACUGCAUGUCUAUCGAUGGCCAACUGGUGAGCCACAUGCCGAACUACAUGUGUUACAAGAACAAAUAUGCGACUAUCUUUCAUUGAAAUCGUUUAAACGAAAAUAUCCUGAUAUCUAUCGACGAAUCGUUGAUUUGCAUGAACGAGAAUAUUUGAAGUCUCAAAAUGUAGUCACAGAAACGCAAUGUGAUCUUGGUUUGACGGCACUCAAACUGGAUGAAGUCUUGGAACUCAUGUCCACAGAUUAUCCCGAGAAAUGUCAUCAAUUUAACCAUGUAUGGCAACAAAAACGUCGUGCUCUUGUUGCAACUACUAACAAUGGUAUUGUAUCAUCGCCGACUUCUAUAGCGAAAGGAAAUCAAUCGUCAACUAAUUCUCACCUGACCGCCUCAAUAGACAAUGGAGACAAAAACCGUGCUACUAAAUUGCGGCAAGAUCUAUUACGAUCGACAAGUGAUUUCAAUACACAAUUACAACGUGAACGAAUUCAGGAUCGCAAAGCAUGCUUUGAUCUACAGACUAUGCAAAUUCAUUAUCCCGCAAAUAGACAAUUUCGAUUACCACCAAACCUGACGAAGAUUGGCUCUUAUCCAUUAGCGCUUCUACCUGGCCAAUAUCAAGAUUCCUAUAUAAAAUACGGAUCAGAAGAACUGAAAUAUAUGCCAAUAAAUACGGCACUUUACUACUAUCCCAAACCACUUUCACUCGUUCAGAAGGAUCGUUUUUCGCAACAGAUUGGCUCGAGUGAUGAUGAAGAUGAAAGCAUUGCGAACCAUCGUGGUGUUCAUUCAAAUCAUCAACGACCAUUAACACCACAAUCACCUCAUACAGUCAACGGAAUAGGCAAUACCAGUGGCACACCAUCGACGUCGCGUCUGAAUAAACCAUCAACACCGAUAAUUGUGAACAGUCAUUCGAAUCUAUGUCAUAUAUGUAAAAUAGCACAAGACGAGCGUGAUGACGAAUUGGUCAAAUGUACCAGUUGUCAUCAUUCAUUUCAUCCUGUUUGUCUUGAUGUGAAUAAUGAAAUGUUAGCAAUCAUUAAGACAUAUCCAUGGCAAUGUAUUGAUUGUAAAAGUUGUGCGAAAUGUAACAAAACUCAUGAUGAAGCGAAUAUGAUGUUUUGUGAUCGAUGUGAUCGUGGUUAUCAUACAUAUUGUGUUGGUCUAGAAGCCAUUCCUGAUGGCUCAUGGCAAUGUUCAGCUUGUGAUGCUCCAAGUCAAUCGAAUUUAUUGUCUUCUCCUACACCCGUUAAUAAACCAAAACGUGGUCGUCCAUCAGGCAGCAGUCGUUUAUCGUCUCCGCAACAAACAAUAAACUCUCCUAAAACCGACGGUGCUCCUACCCGUGUGUCAUCACGUCGUGGUCGUCCAGUCAUUUCCACUCCAUUAUCUCCAUCAAACAAUAUCAAUCAGUCGUCGAAUUCAUCUUCAACUGAUCUACCAACGACGAACAGUUCCUCUAUGAGUCUCAUUCUGUCUCGCCAUCAACAACAAUGGACCACCACACCGACGAUUCCCACAGAAAUCAAGAGCAAAACUUGA